AUGGCUGAAGAACUACAAAUAAAGAUGCAAACAACGGUUUGCCAAACACCCGAAGAAACGCUCCAGGCUAUGGAAAAGGAUUUUAAACUUGAUAUUUCCGAACAAAGGAAAAGUACAAUUGUUUGCAUGAUUUUUAACCACAUUGAUAAAGAAUUGAUGGACAAAAACGAGGAACAACGAAUGUUAUUCUUGACAGAAUUUCGCUCACGUUACUUUAAGAGUACAAAAGAAAAAGAUGUUUCAGAAUCAGUACCCCCUGUAAAGCAAAACGCAGGACAAAGCACAUUACAAGGUAUGUUAGAAUCUACAAGUGUAUUUCGGCGACAAUUUAAGAUUGUGGGACAAAUUGGACAGCCAAAUGAAAAAGACAUGUUGAGUUUCACAUCCUUGACAAGACAAAUUGACACCGGGGUUAAACAGGGGUACACAGAACAGGAAAUUGUGGACGGUGUUAUUCGUUCAAUUAAUGGUGGAAUGGUUCUUCGAAGUUAUGUAGAAACUUACAAGGAUCUAUCUCUAGAGCGGUUACGAAAAAUUCUUCGAAACCAUUAUGAUGUAAAAAGUGCAACUGAGCUAUAUCAAAGUCUUGCAUCAAUAUGUCAAGUGUCAAAAGAAACACCACAAGAAUUCCUUAUGCGUGCCUUGGAUUUACGCCAGAAAAUCCUGUUUUCAAGAACUCAAGAUCAAAGUGAGGACACUUUGGUUUAUGAAAAUGAUCAUAUUCAAAAGCUGUUUCUACGUACUGUUGAAACUGGCCUUCAAGAUGAAAAUGUUAGAGUAUGGGUUAGGGGGUAA